UCCCCAACAGGCUUCGGGGAUGAAGGCCGCGGGCAUUCUGGCCCUGAUUGGCUGCCUGGUCACAAGCACCGAGUCCAAGGUCUACACGCGCUGCAAACUGGCAAAAAUAUUUGCAAGGGCCGGCCUGGACAAUUAUGGGGGCUUUAGCCUUGGAAACUGGAUCUGCAUGGCGUACUACGAGAGCGGCUACAACACCACGGCGCAGACCGUCCUGGACGAUGGCAGUGUUGACUACGGCAUUUUUCAGAUAAACAGUUUCACGUGGUGCAGAUACGAAAGGCUGCAAGAGAAGAACCACUGUCAUGUCGCCUGCUCAGCUUUGAUCACUGACGACCUCACAGACGCGAUUAUUUGUGCCAAGAAAAUUGUUAAAGAGACGCAAGGGAUGAACUAUUGGCAAGGCUGGAAGAAACACUGUGAGGGCAAAGACCUGUCUGAGUGGAAGAAAGGAUGUGAGGUCUCAUGAUGGCGCACUGGACCCAGCCCGCUUCGCGACGGCCCCACUGGGUUUGUAAUGAAUGCCAGCAAGCGUCUGCCGUCUCGUCCCCUUUCCUCCCAGUAUUCCUUCUCACAGCUAGAGAGGGAAAACCAAGCUACAUUUUUA